AUGUCUAUAAAUGAUUAUCUGUCAAAAACAUAUGGCCCUGCCAAGAAGGAAAAAAGCAAAAAGAAAUCCAAAAAACAAACUAAAGGAGUAUUUGAUGAUAACGAAACCCUAAUUUCAUAUACCUCAGCUAAACAAGAACAAAAAACCGAAAAGUUAUCCACUUUAAAUAUUACGGACAGUAGUAACGUCACAACGUUAAAUAAUAUUCCUCUUUCAUCAGCACCGACAACUUUAAAUUCAAAAAGCAGGAAAGAUAAUAAAAAUUUAUGGAAAAACUUAUCAACUAAUGAAUUAUCGAUACAAAAUAAUGAACCUGAUAUUAAAAAACAAGAAAAAAGUAAUAUAAUAAAGCUAUCGUCAGGAGCACAUGCAGGCUUACAAACUGCUGAGGAUGUUGAGAAGCAAUUGAAGGUGAACGAAGAAUCAGCAAAACAACUUGCUAAUUCUGCUCUCUCACCUAAUGCACAAAACGCCCCAACAAUUUAUCGAGAUAGAUUUGGUAGAAGAAUUAAAAAUAUAGAUUUGCAACGAGAAGAAGAAAGUUCAAAAGAGGAGUCAAGGAAGAAAAUCCAAGAAAAAAGUUUAAGAGAAUUCAAUAUGGGUGAACUUCAGAAAUAUAUGUUAGAUAAUAAUUUGAAAAAUCCUCCAUCAAUACAAAAUGCUUCUAGUGCUAGGCAAAAGGCCUUAAAGGAUCUAGAAGACCCUUUAGCAAACUUUAAUUCAGAUAUAUCGUCAAUCAGUAAAACUCCAAAAACUGCUCCUCAUACUUUCUUUGGAAGAAAAAUAUAUACCAAAGCAUAUCCAGAGAAUAGAUUCGGAAUUGCUCCAGGAUGGAGAUGGGAUGGUGUUGAUCGAUCUAAUGGGUUUGAACCCAAAUGGCUAGCCAAGAGAGACGAAUUAGAAACUAAAAGAGUGGAAAAAUAUACUAUGCAAGAAGAAUUUUAA